AUGCCUGACGGCGGUUUCCAUGAGGGAUUAGAGGAACGAGGAAAGGGGUUUAGGGAUCCUCAUGUCAGCACAUCGAACGUGCAUCCAAGUGCACCUGGAAGUUUCAUUCGAUCAAUCGGCGAUUUUAAACACCAAGAAGCUAAUGUCGUCGAUAAAUUUAUUAAUAAAAUUAAACAUCGUGAUGAUGGAAAGCAUACCGCCCCAGGUGAUGUUAUAAGAGCAUUUGGUGAUUUUAAGUAUCGAGUUGCUGAUGCUGCUGACGAUGUUGUAGAUUCAGUUAAAAUCAAAGCAGAAAAAGGAAAAUCCUUUCUUGGAGAUAUUUUUGACGGGUUUUUUCAGAAAAAACACCUGACAAGUGAAUAUCAUUCCUUUCAACCAACACCGUUAUCGCCACCAUUUUCACCAUCUAUAGAAUCGGGAGUGUAUCCAGUUCCACCUGAAUUUCCUUCAGUGUCGGUAGACGGUUCUGUGUCAGCGAUAUCAAAUCUUGAGAACACAUUAUACCCCUAUCCAGAUAUUAAAAAACCAGUAAGUCCACGGUUCGUUUUCAUCUACGAUGAAGGACAAAGAGAUCUAACAAUCGAUGACAUUAUCGAUGCAGGAAAAUAUCUUGAGGGCGUUAAAAAAAUAGCUGCAAACAAUAAAGUAAAUUUUUAA